AUGGAAGAAGUCUCGCCACCUCAAAAGAAAAAUCAGCAGUGCGGACUGAGCAUCCCGGUGGACGCGUCAGAGGUAGCAACUCACGACCACCUUGUGGCAACGGAACACAAACACGAUGAUGAUAGCAACGCGCAAUCUGCCAUGAAGAAACUACAGCUUGCUUGUAUUUGUUCCUUUAUCUUCAUGUGCAUACAAUUUGCGGGCGGCUAUUAUGCCGACAGCUUGGCCAUCAUGACGGACGCAGCCCAUUUGUUUUCGGACGUCGCCGGUUUCCUUGUGACGCUUUUUGCCAUAUAUUUAGGCCAAUUCCCAGCUUCAGCUAAAAUGCCAUUUGGCUUUCAUCGUGCUGAGGUGAUUGGAGCUUUAUUGAGCGUGUUGUUGAUCUGGGUACUAGCUGUAGGCCUCAUGUUCACAGCUGUCAGGAGACUAAUUGAUCAAGGGCGUCCAGGCGCCGAACAGACUGUGGAUGGAAGAGCUAUGUUUGUCGUCGCAGUCUUUGGACUAGGUAUCAACCUUCUUCUGAUGAAAAUAUUGGGUCAUGGACAUCACCAUGGACAUGGACACAGUCACGGGCACGGACACAGCCACAGUCAAUGCCACGGUCAUGAUCACGAACAGAGUGAUGAACCUAAAAAGCUUGGAGUUGAGAACAGUUCGGGUGAGCUUGAAAUCGUGCAGACUCCAAUGUCGGCCAUGGCAUUGAUUGACUGCGUCGAAGAGUCGACAAGCGUGUCAGUAGGGUUGACGCCAUCAUCAUCAGUAUUUGAAAACAUUAAUGUCAGAGCUGCAUAUAUUCACGCAUUAGGUGAUUUUUUACAAAGCCUUGGCGUGUGUCUUGCGGGUGGUUUGAUCUGGUAUAACCCGUCGUGGCAAAUGGCUGACCCGAUCACGACUAUUGUAUUUUCAUGCUUAGUACUUGGUACGACCAUCGAUAUACUGAAGAAAAGUAUACACAUCUUGAUGGAAGGCGCACCACCCGCACUCGAUUUACGUCUUGUUGAAAAGCGCAUUCGAGCACUUGAGGCUGUGUACGAUGUCCAUGAUCUGCACAUUUGGAUACUCACAGAGGGUCAUUAUGCAGCCAGUGUGCACAUUCUACCCAAUGGUGAACCUCGUGCAGCACUUCGUGCAACACAGCAACUUCUGACAUCACUAGGUGUACGACGACUUACUGUGCAAGUGGAGGACCCGACUGAAAAAAAUUGGGAUGAAGAUCUCUACUGUAAUUGGGCAUCGUACUCGAACGUCGCAAAUGAGGCAGAAAGUAAAAUGUCAGUUCCACGUGCUGGGACCAAGAAGGCUGCGUAUGACCCGCUGCCUUUUGGUUUGACCGAUUAG